UAAUUUUUUUUCAAAAUUAAGUUAACACACUAAAAUUAAGAUACUUUGUACUAUAUACUUUACAAUACCGAAAUCUAUUUUUUAUUUCAUCAAAAAAUUAUAAGAAAUUGUAAAAUGCGUUGGCAAAUUUACUGUAUUUUUAUGUUUGUUUGUGUUGUUUCUUCGUUAUGCAAACCAAUGAAUGAAGAUAUAGCUGAUAGUUAUAUUGCUAAAAUACUUAAUUACUGCACAAUAUUGGAACUUAGUGCAGAACAACAAAAAAAAAGAGACAAAAUAGAGAUUAGAGAAGCUGUAUUCAAACUGAAUAAUGUAAUUUCUAUUCCAGAAAUAAGUAAUGAUGAGGGGUAUACGAUACCUGAAGAAUUAAACCCAAUUAUUCAGCAAAUUUUCCCAGACUCAACACAGAUUUAUUUUAUAAAAGAUGUCUUGGAAAAAUUAGAUGCAAUUAAAGACAAGAAAACAACAAAUAUAAUAAAGAAACUGAAAAAAUACAAUGGAAAUGAAUAUAUUACCCUUAAAAAUUUGGUACAAAUUUUAACUGAUGAAUAUAUCGAAAUACCACUUAUCAUGGUGGGUUUCUUCAACAAUUUCCUUAAAAGAUUUCAUAGUCUAGAUACGUCAAAAACUGGAUUAAUAUCUAAAGAUAAUUUCUCAAGUGUCAUAGAAGCAGUUAUCAAGAAUAGAGAUACAAUAGAACAUGUAUUAANUGUCAUAGAAGCAGUUAUCAAGAAUAGAGAUACAAUAGAACAUGUAUUAAAACCUUUAGAAGAUGUAGAAAAUCUGUAUUAUGAAGCAUGGUUAUUGAAUAAAAGAGAAGUAGUAUAUGAUAUGAUCCAUUCACCAAAUAAUAAGAUAGACGAGGGUGAAUCUAGUAAUGCAAUGAAUAAUGAAGUUUUAUUAGAUGACUUGUGUUAUAUAGAUGAGUUUGACACAGAUGAGGAUGAGUGA